CAAGAUUCUUGAGGGUUCACAAUUGAGAAGAUUAUACAAUUCUUUACGUCCGUCUUCACUCAGGGAAAAUUCAACGGAUGGAUUCUCAGAGCUUUCUCGCAUUUUCUCUCUGUCUUAUCUUGAUCUCUCCUCGAGUUUCAUCAGCCUCUAUACGUUUCCUUCCUCGAUGGAGUAAUAACAGAGAUGGGUCUGUGAUUAAGCAGAAGACAAGUGCUUCCUCUCUUGUUUUUGAUCCAACUCGUGUCACUCAACUCUCUUGGACUCCUAGAGUGUUUUUAUAUAAAGGGUUUCUCUCAGAUGAGGAAUGUGAUCAUUUUAUCAAAUUGGCGAAAGGGAAGCUUGAGAAGUCUAUGGUGGCGGAUAAUGAUUCUGGUGAGAGUGUAGAGAGUGAAGUACGUACAAGCUCUGGCAUGUUUCUUUCCAAAAACCAGGAUGAGAUAGUAGCUAAUGUUGAGUCAAGACUUGCCGCAUGGACCUUUCUUCCUGAAGAAAAUGGAGAAUCCAUGCAAAUACUACACUAUGAGAAUGGUCAAAAGUAUGAACCGCAUUUUGACUACUUUCAUGAUGAGGUGAACCUACAACUUGGUGGUCAUAGGAUCGCCACUGUAUUGAUGUACUUGUCCAACGUCAAAAAAGGAGGAGAGACAGUGUUUCCCAUGUGGAAGGGCGCAACGAAUCAACCAAAAGAUGAUAGCUGGACCGAAUGUGCUAAACAAGGUUAUGCAGUGAAACCGAUGAAAGGAGACGCAUUGCUCUUCUUCAAUCUCCAUCUCAACGCAACCACAGAUCCGAGCAGCUUACAUGGGAGCUGUCCAGUGGUUGAAGGAGAGAAAUGGUCAGCAACAAGAUGGAUUCAUGUUCAGUCGUUUGACAGACGGAUUAGCAAGCCAACAGGGUGUGUGGACGAGAAUGAGAACUGCUCUAAAUGGGCAAAGGCAGGGGAAUGUGAGAAGAAUCCAACCUACAUGGUUGGUUCAGAAACUGACCAUGGAUAUUGCAGAAAGAGCUGCAAAGCUUGCUCAUCUUAAGAUAUAAAGUAUAAUCAGAGCCUCUUACUAAAGGAUCAAAGAUUUUUGUAUAGCGAAAAACCGGUUUUCGCAAUUCAAGGUUUUAAAACCUUACGUUAAUAGAAGAAAACAGUUGAGAAAAAUACUAAAAGAUAAUCAUGAUGAUAUGUUACUUAUCUUCUUA